CCGGACGUAAUUGGUGGAUCAAAAAGAAUCGUGCUUUUCCUCCAAAUAUUUUGUUUUUCGACGUUUGCUAUCUCUGUCACCGCCUGCUGUCAACUGUCAUUUAUUUUAUAGAUUUGUUUAUUUACAGUUCAUCCUCGCAAUAAAAAGCUUUUAAGAUAAGAAAGAACGAAAAAAAGAAACACUUUUUGGUUUUCAAUAAUAUGGAAGAAUUUUUAAGACUCGAUUGGACACCGAAAUCAGAAGACAUAUUAAGCGACCGGUACGUAAACGACGAGCGUUUGCGAAACGAAAGCGUAACCUACAAAAUUUUGUUGGGAUCCUUCAAUAAUCCAUUUUCUGACGUCAGAAUACAAAAUGAAGCCAACAACAGAGAUAAAAAAAAUUCCAGUUCACAGAAUCUGAAAGCAUCGAUUAAAACGGAACCAGAAGUUUCAAACUCAACAGACGAAAAAUGACUUAGGUGAAAUUUAAGGGGGAAAAAAGUCAUAGAAAUGGACUGUAAAAACAUUUAUAGACCUAACUACCAAUUAAAAGUUCACUGGAAGUACAAAGUGUGAGAGUAAAGUAAUAUUAUAUAGAGGACUUUAUUACAAUUUAUUUUAUAGCAGCACUUCACUGCGAAAAGCUAAUUCGCUGUAAACAAAUAUUUAUUACAAUAUAAACGGUAGUCAAG